AUGGAAAAAAAAUUACAGGUCAAACGCGAGAGCUCCGCUCAUCUCGGAGCUGAAGUGCCGCUUGUACCCUGGCCCAGCUCGGUCGGCUGUACCCCGAUUAUCGGUCUUGAUACGCGCGCCAUCUCGCCGUUCUUUUCCAUCCAGCCCAAGGGUCACAUAUUCUACUUCUACAACCCGUGUCUUCUCUACAGCCGCCGUGCACCACACAUCGCAAUGGCCGCCGCUUCCACCUCGUCGCGGGCCGUCUUCUCCCGCACACUCCUCCGCUCGGCUACCUCUCGGCCUGUGGCGACAUGUCCGAUGCAGAUGCGCCAGAGCCUGCGCGCCGCCACUUCACAGGACCGCUCCGCCCGCGCCAUGAGCAGCAGCAGCAGCAGCAGCACGACCGUUUCCUCGCGAUUACACAAUACCCGUCCGCUGCUCCGAGCGCGCCGGCCGCAGCACCCGAGCGCGUUGUCCGCGCGCCGCACCAUCUUCAUCCAGACGGAGCCGACACCCAACAACGACGCGCUCAAGUUCCUGCCCAACCACCGCGUGCUCCCCGAGGGUUUUGCCGCGCCGUUUGUCGAGUACAUGAACCCGCGCGCCACCAUUGCGCCACCGCACCCGUCGCCGCUCGCCGCCAAGCUCAUGAACAUUGACGGCGUCACAUCUGUGUUUUACGGCGCCGACUUCAUCACCGUCACAAAGGCCGGCGACGCCAACUGGGCGCACAUUCGGCCCGAGAUCUUUGCCCUCAUCACCGAGGCCAUCACCGCCGGUGAGACCAUUGUCACCGUCAAGGAGAUGCCCGCGGGUGCCGACGGUGCCGUCGAGGCCGAGGCCGACAGCCUGGCCUACAACGAGGACGACAGUGAGGUUGUCGGCAUGAUCAAGGAGCUCCUGGAGACGAGGAUCCGCCCCGCCAUCCAGGAGGACGGCGGCGACAUCGAGUUUCGGGGCUUCGACGAGGAAGGCUUCGUCAACUUGAAGCUCCGUGGCGCGUGCCGAACGUGCGACUCGAGUACGGUGACGCUCAAGAACGGCAUCGAAGGCAUGUUAAUGCACUACAUUGAAGAGGUCAAGGGCGUCCGCCAGAUUCUCGAUGAAGAGGAGGAAAUUUCUCUGCAGGAAUUUGCCAAAUUUGAGGAAAAACUCAAGCACCAAAAGCCUGCUGCCCAAAACUUGCACAUCAGUCUCUAUAGAACCAGCCCACUGUAUUAUAACGCCUGGACGCAUAGUUCUGGGCUUUUUUUAACCGACAUAUAUAUUCCCACAGAAGGUUGUACUCUUUCCAAACCUUCUUAUAAAUUGACCUCCGUCAUGAGCGCCAAGCGGGGUUCUGUCAAGGAAGCCUGCCAACUGCCAGGACGGGUUUCUGAGCUUGAAAUUGCAGGAUGCGACUGCCAUCUUUGCUCAAAGGAAUUAAGCAGAGGCAAAGCAGCACGACAGUUGCAACAAACUGGCCCCGUAAAUGCCAAGUUGAAACAGACCAUUCGGGACGCUAUCAGGGCUUAA